UACCUCUCUCGUUGCUCGCUCCUUCCUUCGAAGUUGAAACCCUUCUUUCCAUCUGAGCCGAGAGAAUCUCUGCAACAAUGUUGCUUUACCAGGACCUCCUCACAGGUGAUGAGCUUCUCUCGGACUCCUUCCCAUACAAGGAAAUUGAGAAUGGAAUGUUGUGGGAAGUCGAUGGAAAGUGGGUUGUUAAAGGAGCAGUUGAUGUAGACAUUGGUGCAAACCCUUCUGCUGAAGGUGGCGAGGAUGAGGGUGUUGAUGACCAAGCUGUUAAGGUUGUUGACAUUGUUGACACAUUUAGACUUCAGGAGCAGCCUUCUUUUGACAAGAAGCAGUUUCUUGUCUUCAUGAAGAGGUAUAUCAAGUUGUUGACACCUAAACUUGAUGAAGAGAAACAAGGGCUAUUUAAAAAGCACAUUGAGGGAGCAACUAAAUUCCUUCUCUCCAAGAUCAGUGAUCUUCAGUUUUUUGUUGGGGAGAGCAUGCAUGAUGAUGGUAGCUUGGUCUGUGCCUACUACAAGGAUGGUGCAACUGAUCCCACAUUUCUGUACUUGGCAUAUGCUUUGAAGGAAGUGAAGUGCUAAGCGACAUACCUGGCUAGGAAGUUUGAUAUUUUGUACUCUGUUGUAGUUUUAGCAUUAUCUCAUCUAGUUUUUCUUUUACAUUUACCUGGGAAAUUCCCUUGGUAUUUUGGUUUAAUGGUAUUAUUGUUAUGAUUAAACAAUUUGACAGUUAUUAGGGGGAUACUUUCUGUGCUUCAUUCCUACCAAAUUAUCAUUAUCCAUGAUUAGACGUCGUAUUCAAUUUAUUAUUAUUCUCUCCUUUUGCU